AUGGAUGCGUGGGCUAUGGGUCAUGCAAAAUUCCAAAAGUGCUCAUUCUCUGGACAGGAUUUUCGGCAGCUGCUGGGGUAUUUGUUUGACAGGUGUGGCCAGAAGGAAAUAAAACAAUUUUCUGGUAUGUCUCGGCGUCUUUGGCUGGGAAUAAACGAUUUGAUUCACGGAGGCACCUUAACAGACCCGAAGGUGAUAAUUGCUCAGACAAAACAGGCCAUUGUGGAUUUCACCUUGGUUCAUGGGCAUGAUAAUGCAACUAUGAUUACACGUGUAGAACAGACCACGGCCAGCUGGCAAGCUCCGGUGAUGGGGUGGGCAAAAGCAAAUUGUGAUGCGGCUUUGGCGAGACAACAUGGUCGUAUGGGGCUUGGGGUGGUUAUACGAGACUCUCGGGAGAAUAUGCAGGCAGCAGGAUGCGUGGUUCAGAAUGGUUGCUUGGCUCCAGCAGCAGCGGAGGCUAUGGUGAUUCUCUUGGCCAUACGAUUAUGUCAUGAAUUAAGCCUUUCCCGGGUGCACUUUGAAGGGGAUGCAAAAUCUAUGAUAGAUUCCGUAAACUCGGUGGAGACAGACAACAGCUGGAUGGGGCAUAUUAUUGAGGAUAUCAAAUUAGAACUUCGAGCUUUUCAACAAUGGCAACCUACGUUUAUUAGGAGGAAAGGAAAUCAAGUAGUUCACUUACUUGCAAAACAUGUGUUGGAAUAUGACCAGGAACUUUGUUGGAGAGAUAUACCCUGA